AUGUGGAUAAGUGGAAGCUCAGCCAUGAUUACACCGAUUAAAAUUUCCUUUAUUUUUUCGUUCAUCGGUGUUAUUCAUUGUGAUAAAGGACUGUCGUUAGAAGAAAAAGUUAAAUCUCUUCAGGAAUGGUUGUAUAAAAAGCCAAUUAUUAAUAUGAAUAUGGACCGUUGGAAUACAUUUGUUCGUAGUUCACCGAGGAAUUAUUCCAUGGUUGUGAUGUUUACUGCGCUAUCAAUCGGUUGUGCUGUUUGCAAGCCUGCUUUUGAAGAAUUCCAUAUUGUGGCGAAUUCCUAUCGGUAUGCUUAUCCAGAGUUAAAAGCACUCUAUUUUGCUGUUGUCGAUUAUGAGGACGCUCCACAAAUAUUCUCGCAGCUAAAGCUGAUGACUGUGCCAGCCAUACUUCAUUUUCCUGCAAAAGGUGCCAAAAAGAAAAUAGAUGAGAUGGAUUUUCAAAGACAGGGACUAGGUGCUGAUAGUAUGGCAAGAUUUAUCAAAGAUAGGACCGAUAUUCAGGUAGUCUUAUUUCUUUAUAUCAUUCGCAUCUUGCAACCACCCAAUUAUGCAGCGCCUGCUGUGGUAUUAUUGUUGGCAAUGCUUGUACUUGGUUUGCUAUAUAUGCGUCGAAAUAAUCUUGAAUUCUUGUAUAAUCGUACGAGCUGGGCAUUUGUAUCAUUAUGCAUUGUUUUUGCAUUUAUGAGUGGUCAAAUGUGGAAUCACAUUCGUGGUCCACCUUUUGUUAUGACUAAUCCAAGUACUCGUGAGACGAGUUUUGUUCAUCGUUCCACACAAUAUCAGCUUGUUGCUGAAACUUACUUGGUUGCUCUUUUAUAUGGAGCUAUUUCUGCUGGCUUUAUCCUUUUAAAUGACGCGGCCGAUGGCAAGGGUGAUUCUGGCCGUCGUAGAAUAAUGGUGUACAUUGGUCUCGGAUUGGUUGUGUUCUUUUUCAGUUUAUUGCUUUCGAUAUUUCGAAGUAAAUAUCAAGGCUAUCCAUACAGUUUUUUGUUCCAUUAA